GCAAACAGGAACAACAAAAGUGAUGAAUUUGAGUGAAAUUUAACCGAAAAGUGUCCGAAAUGGAACAGAUUUCGCAAUGUCGAUGCUGUCUGGCUCCCGAAACUGCUCUACGAAAGCACAUUUCCAUCUUUCAACAGGACUUGCAGCAAAUCUACAAUGAACUCACUCAAAUUCAGCUUUUACCUGAUUCUGCCUUCAACAACAUUUGCCUGAUGUGUUCCAAAUUGCUUCAAAGUUUCUCCGAAUUUCGUCUUCAAUGCUUGGAUGCGAAUAAUUUCUUCGCCGCUCUCGAAAAAAAUGUCACUGAAGUCAUUGAAGAAGAAGAGAAAAUUCCAGAAAUCGUUGAAAAUGACGAAAUUGAAACUUUUGUCAUUGAAGAAGACGAAAAUGAGCCUCCAACUCCCCCAUCGCCUUUACUUCCAAACGAAAUUGAGGAAAUUCCCGCACCCGAACCGGAAGUCGAAGAACGUCCCGAGACUCCAAAACCCCCAAAAAUCGUAAAAAAACGUACAAAAUUCACGAAAAUCCCUCCGAGUGACUUUUACGUGUGCGAACAUUGUCCCGAGAAGGUUUUCACCAACAAGCAGUAUUAUCGCGAGCAUCUCAAAAUCCACAAAGAAGGCAAGCUCGAGUGUCAUUUUUGCGGUUUGAAGUAUCGCAGCAAAUAUUUCCUCUUGGGACACAUCGACAGGAAUCAUUUGGAGAAGGAUUACGGGCGAGAAGGCGAUUUUGCGUGCAAUAUUUGUCCAAAAAGGUACUUGACAGAGACGCGAUUGAAGAAGCACAUGAGCAUCCAUAAGCUGACGAAGAAGCCGUGUCCUCAUUGCGGGGAGUUGGUGAAGAAUUUGACGUCGCACAUGGCGAAACAUUACGAAGAAAAGCCUUUUCGGUGCGAUAAAUGCGACAAAAGUUACAAAUCACGGCAACAUUUGCAGAAUCACGUUAUUGUGCAUGAAAAUAAAUCAUUCCCCUGCGACAUUUGCGGUCGUACCUUCAACCGUCCUGACAAAGUGAUCUCACACAAACGCAUUCACGAAACGAAUCGCCCGGUAUUCGAGUGCCCCGAAUGCCAGAAGCAAUUCAACUACAAAACUGCCCUAACUUGCCACAUGCGGAUCCACACGGGCGAACGACCCUACAAAUGCACGGUUUGCGGCAUUGCGUUCGCCCUGUCGGGAAAUCUGUCGAAACACAUGCACUCGCAUACCCAAACGAAGCCUUACAUGUGCAAAAUUUGCCCGUUUGGGACGAAGAAAAAGACUGAAUUGGAGUUCCAUCUGCGGAAUAAUCACGAAUUCUUGCCAGAAACUGCGGAGGAGCAGCAAAUGCAAACGAUUUUGGUCGACAUGAGCGGCAUGGUCGAAUAUCUCGUGUGAAAAAACGAGAGUUUUUCGUUAAUAAAUACAAAAUUUUUAUUUAAUUUAGAGCUUCUUUUGCCUCGUGAUCGUCGAUAAACUCGAAAUCUUUCCCAGUUGAGGAUUGGGAUGAAGAAACGCUUUCACUUUCGGAGAUUUUUCUACA